AUGCGUGUCCCGCUCUUGGAUAUCGUCGGCCGCCUUCUCGCCUCCUGCGAUGUUGAUGUUUCAUUUCCCGAGGGCCCCAGAGGGUCCGCGUCUUUCUCGGACUGUCCCGCAGCAGAUCACCCUCCCCCCGCCCAGAGGGUCCGCGUCUUUCUUGGUCUGUCCCGCAGCAGAUCACCCCCCCCCCAGAGGGUCCGCGUCUUUCUUGGACUGUCCCGCAUCAGAUCACCUUCCCCCGCAGAGGGUCCGCGUCUUUCUCGGACUGUCCCGCAGCAGAUCACCCUCCCCCCCAGAGGGUCCGCGUCUUUCUCGCACUGUCCCUCAGCAGAUCACCCUCCCCCGCCCCAGAAGGUCCGUGUCUUUCUCGGACUGUCCCGCAGCAGAUCACCCUCCCCCCCAGAGGGUCUGCGUCUUUCUCGGACUGUCCCGCAGCAGAUCACCCUCCCCCCCAGAGGGUCCGCGUCUUUCUCGCACUGUCCCGCAGCAGAUCACCCUCCCCCGCUGAGGGUCCGCGUCUUUCUCGGACUUUCCCGCAGCAGCCCGCCGCAAAUCACCGACGAGCCAGUGCACGGGCUCGGGAGCAACACGGUGACCGCGUUCCCGGCCGCAAGUCCGGAAAGUCAACCCACCUGGUUGGCAAACGGACGUGCGGGUGUGCUGGCAAACAAAAGUCACAAUGACUCGGGACCUGUCGCAGACUUUGGAAUACAGAACUCAAAGGAAUUCUGGGUGGGAAGGAACGACGCCUGGGCCUCCCGGAGUCCCCUGCACACAGGCUUCCUUCUUGAGGUUCCAUUAGGUCCUACAUUAGGUUCCAUUAGGUCCUACAAACAGGUAGCAAGGUCCAGCGGGGCCAGGCGUGGGACUGGUCCAUCAAAGCAAAGCUGCAGUUUGUCCAACUGCCAGCAAGCUGGAGGGGAGGUCUGGGGCCCGUUCUGACUGCAUCCAUCCUGAACCAGGUGCGGAGAGACAAGGGAGUCCGAGCAACCGCUAUCUCUGCCAGGACAUCUGUGCCAUCUCUGCGGUUUCAAGGGGUCUGUCUUGGACUAGGAUAGCUGGCUCACAGGGUCAAGGGGUGGUGGGGCAUGGCUGUGUGUACUAACAGCAUGCUUGAGGACCUGUGAGUUCCAAUGACCCGCAGCAGGGAGUCUGGCAGACAUUCCUUGGUAACCAGGAAUGGGGAUGAUGGGAGGGCUUGCAUCACCAGAGGGAGAGUCGCAGCUGAUGUAGGGUUCCCCUGGUGCCUGGAUGGUGGGACCCCAGUGUGUUGCUAUUUAUGAAGCAAAUACUUGGACACAUGCCCAUGCUGGUCUUUUUUGCUAGAACACCCUUCCCUUUCCCUUCUGUCAACAAGUAGCUAUUUUUAUUCUACACCAAAACCCUUCCGGAUAUUUCUGUACCUGCAGCCUCUUCUGGACACAGGUGCAUGCUCCAUUGGAGGCCAUGUGGUGGAGGGUCACUCUGCUUGUCCAGUCCCUACUGCUGGCUGACUUCACACACCCCCUCUCUCAGCCCCCACUGCCUGGGAGAUGAGCAGGAGGCAGAUUAUGAUUUAUGCCUCUGUACUUCCCACCCCAAAGGUCUUCAGGGAAAGCCCAGGCAAGGAUGGCUGAGGGAACUUAGACCUUUCCUGGCUUGAGAACUUCUGCUCCAUUUCACUGCCCUGUGCACAAUCCCAUCCAGCAGCCCCCAGGGUCUUGUCAGGAAUUAAAAACUCCCUCCCUGGGCACUCAGUGUAGGGUUUUCCUGUUCAGUUAGUUAUGAGACCUGAUUUGCAUAAUUCCCUUCUCUAGGCAGGAAAUGAAAAGCUGCCUUCUGGUUUCCAGUUAUUUAGAACAGAGCCCUGAAACUAAUAUCUACAUUGAUAUGGUAUUAUUUCUAGCUUCCUACCACGUCCUGAUUCCUCAAACACCUACUAUGUACAUUUGUCCCACUUUAAUGUCACUGUUGGCAUCAUCAUAAUGUAAAUUGUACAGCCAUGGUAAUAAUGUUCAUGUCAUGUUCGAUCAUAUUGCAUUUCCUACGAGCGCAUGGCUAGUAUUAAAAACAAAACUGUUUAGACAAAUCAACCUUGGGUCCCAGAGAAGGGAGCACCAUGCUGAGUGUGUGUGUGUGUGUGUGUGUGUGUGUGUGUAUGUAUCAUUGGGUGGCCUCUGAGGCAGUCAACCUGCCCUCUGCUGGUUUUCAGCUGGAUGAGCCUGGGAGAAUUUAUUCAGGCAGGAGCAGCUGAGCAGAUAGGCACUGGCCUGGGUUCCAAAAAGUGGCUGACCAAGGUACAAAAGAUGGUUUGUCCAGUUCAUCCUUUAGGAAUAAUUUUGUUCUCCCUGACAGAAAGUUAGCUCAUCUAUCCCAAUACAAGUCUAUUAUCUAUGGGUAGCUUGUCUUUUUAUCCUUAGCCAGAAAGCCGAGCAAUGGCAUAGUUUUCCUUCUCCAGCCCCUCCUAUGAAUGUGAGAUGCAGGGUUUCCAAUCCAGAUGGUUCCAGCCUCUGAGUGUUAUGAUGCCCCCUGCCCAGGGAACCUGGCCCAAAGCCACACCCUGUGAACAUCAUCCCAGAGUCCUCACAAAGCAGCUUCGAGUACAACUCAGAAAAGAUGCUGGCAUUGUCCCCACUUUUCCAAGACCUGGAAGGGUGGUGGAUGGGGGCUGGGCUUGGGGUUGGCUCUGGGCAGAGAUAACCCCAUCUUGAAGGUCUGUGUCCACACCCUGUGUGUGGCCAAAGGGAUGAAGCUGGGUCUUUUCCUGCAGAGGGUCCAUUAAUCGUGAGUCCUGAGCUGACCUUGAGAAUGUGACUUCAGGAAAACCCCUUGGUCUUUCUGGGUCUUCAUCUGUAAACUAGGUGGAUGUGACCAAUAUCACCUAAGGCUCUGACGUCUUACUCAUUCAUGCAUUAAGCCUCUUCAAGGCAGCACUCUGCUCUUCAAGGACAGAGCAGCAAACAAAACAGGACAAAAUAUUUUAAGCCCUACCCUUAGUCUGUAAGUGGGAAUUUCAAUAACUGAGUUAAAUUUGUUAUUUAUUAGUCGU